UUAUUGCACUGUUUCAAAGUGCGAGGCAAUAAUUUUCAUCUUGCGGCCCCUUGGAAUCCGCGGUAAUGACAUGUAUGCACGCGGAUCGUAAAAAUAUAUGUACACACUAUAUAGUUUAUGUUGACAGCUGCGAAUUACCGAGGGGCGAUGUCGAUAUAUGUGCUUAUGUAAAUGCGAGAGGAUGACAAUGUCAAAACUCGGAUGAAUUCCACAAGGCUGGAAUUUAUCCGCGUGUGUGAUUGUAAAAUCUAGACUUUCGGAAAGUUUAUCCGGCAGGAAAGUUUUUCGGUUGGAUCGGCUAUCUAGUAGCUGCUCUAAAAUGCAGCGGAUUUUCCGAUGUGGAAUUUUCGGUUUCCUUCUAGCUGUUACUCACAGCGCGUAUACUUGAACUGUCGCCUGUUCUUGAGCCAUACGCGAUGCAUUUCUCGUCGAAGCGAAUUAAUCAUCGCAAAGAGCAUAGAUACGCUCGUUAUCGCUCGCAAUGCAGCAGCAGCUCUCUUUCGAAAGUUCGCCGUGAAAAAUCAUAAUUGUGCAUGCUGACUCGGUAAAAGCCUCCUACUACAGCUAUAAUUACACGAGAGAGAGAGAGAGAGAGAGAAAAAAAGAUGUCUUUAUCAACUCGUUAGCAUUGUUCAGUGACGCUGUCACGAUUUUUUAUCUCAAUAGUGCCGGCUUAUCGGGCCUCGCUAUCGAAAAGCCAAGAGGAGAUUGUAUUUAUAUAUACAUACGUAUACGGCGAACGAAUACUCGAAAUCAAUGACGGAAACCGCAUCCGAGACUGCUUCCUCUCUCCCUCUGACGUCGUCGACUUCCGACCGAUGAAAUUUCGAUCUAGAAAUUGCGUUAAAAAAAAACUUGUAGCUCAUUACGCAAAUCGAGCAAUUAAUUUGGAUGAUGAACCGCAUAAGAAGGCGACAAAAUUUCGCAAGUCCCUCCGCUGGGGUCAUGAAAGUUCGCCGAUAAAGAGGCUGAUAACUGACCCACCGUUCGACGCAUAAAAGCAUUCGCCGAAUCGAUUGUCGAACUUUUCAAGUUGCUUUCUCUUUCGCUAUACACGCGAUGACGUCUCAUCGCGGCGUUCUCUCGACAGGCCUCUUUGCAAUAACAAUAACAAUAAUAGCAGGGCUUGUUCGGGCCUCGGAGAUACCUUCGGCCGAGGCCGAUUUUUUGCGGAAACAGGAGGUGGUGUUCCAGCUGCUGUGGAGCAGCAGAGAAGCUCCGAAGAAUCAUCCCGAGGUUUUCGAACGGCUGAGGAACUACAAGCUUGAAGACGUCGGUGCCGCUUGCGAGAACCAUACCCACGCCAAGGAGUUCGAGAAUCAUCUGCACCGGUUUCAAGCUGUGUCGCAAGACGAGCCGUUUGCCGCUUUUCGAGAUGAACACGUGGACGAGGUGCGAUUGCUGUUCGAUGUUCUCCUGUGCGCCAAGAGCUUCGACGAAUUCGCUGCUCUGGUUGCCUGGUCCCAUGCAGGAAAGGUGCCUCAGGUCGCCUGGAUUCACGCUUUCGCCAUGGCCUUGGCUCACAGGAAGGACACCAGAGGAUUGAGGCUGCCGAACCUGUACGAGAUCGUACCGCAUUACUUCUUCGAGACGGAGGUGAUGGUCAAGGCGUAUCGGGCUAAGACUGGGGAGAUCGAGGGUGUCGGUGACGAGUACGUGAUAGAAGCGAACCACACAAGCCACACCGAGUCCACGGAUUCCCAACUGAACUACUUUCGGGAUGACGUCGGUCUCAACCAGUUCUACUUCCAACUGCACAACCAGCUGCCCUUCUGGCUGAGUUGUGAGGAGAAAAAUUGUAAUAGUAACGGCAUACCCAAGCACCUACGGGGCGAGUUGUACUACCACGUGCACAAGACACUUUUGGCCAGGUACGAACUCGAGCGGCUGUCUCUGGGUCUGGGACGUGUGGAGGACAUCGACUGGGAGCAAGGAAUCUCCACUGGAUACCGGUCCGGGAUGACUCAUCUGAAUGGGUGGCCGGUACCGGAUAGAGAGCCAGGAGCUCGCCUACCCGUCUCCAAGUACAAGUUCCUGGAGGAAGUCAAGCACUACGAGUCGCGACUGUCGAAGGCGAUCGAUUUGGGCGAACUGCGCACUGGUUCUAGCUUCAAUAAGAAGCUGGACGAGUCCUCGAGCUUCAACGAUCUCUGUAACGCCCUCCAAGGUAACAAUGACUCACCGCAACCGAAGCUCUACGGUUCGUUGGAUCGGUUGUAUCGACGACUGCUCGGCUUCGCCCCGGAAGUAACCGGGAAGAAAUCGGGACAAGUCGCAGCCCUGGAAAUGUCCUGGACCAGCCUGAGAGACGCGGGAUUCUUCAGGAUGAACAAGAGGAUACUCGACUUGGGACUCAGGUUCAAACGCAACUUGCCGGUCUACACUCCUGCAGAUCUCGGAUUCGACGGGAUCAGGAUAGACUACGUACACCUGGACAAGCUCGUCACCUACUUGGACUCGUUCGAGUCGACUCUCAAUCAUCCGCGAGUACACUAUUUCGCGGAUGAUUCCGCGGCUCGUAAAGAGUCUUGCGGUCCCAAGACGACGGUGAUGGUUAGACAGCAGAGAUUGAACCACAAGGCUUUCGCGUACCAGAUUGGCGUCACCAGCGAACGAGUGACCAAGGGAGUUGUGAGAAUUUUCCUGGGACCCAAGGUCGACGCGCGUGGAAACGAGUUGGACUUGGAGGAUAGUAUCGAGCAGUUUUACGAGCUGGAUCGGUGGAUCGUCGAUCUAAAACAGGGAAGCAACAAGCUGGACCGCAGCAGCAACGACUCGCCCUACUACUCGUCUGAUCCUCAAUCCAGUGAAGCUUACAACCGUGACAUCGUUCGCGCCCUUCGCACAACCGAUGAAAACUUGGCUCGUGAUAUCGUUCACUCGCGCAAACUUCAUUUAGGUCUACCUCGACGUCUGCUACUGCCUCGAGGCAAUCGAUCCGGACUCGGUCUAAGACUUGUCGUCUGUCUUCACGGACUAGACGGAGCUAAGGUAGACAAGCUGGACGAGGAAACCCUGUUUGGUGGACUGGCUCUGGAUGGACGUGAUUUGGGCUUUCCAUUGGACAGACCGAUUGGUGGAGAAGGAUUUGAAAGGCUGAGAAAUUUUAUGGUUAAGGAUAUCAAAGUUUUCCAUGAGGAUGUAAAGGACGUAGAGAAAGAUUGAGCGGAAUGUUGUGCAAUAAAAACGGCGGAUUUGUCAAAAAGCAA